AUGAAACAAUGGGCUGUAAAUCCCUCGGUCGAAAUAAUGAACAAUGACCCGAUUGACGAAUCAAAAGAAAAAAAGCUGGACCCCUUGAAACGACAAUCGGCAAAGCGAUUGAGAGGAUUUGGUAGGAGAGGGGUUCAUCUGACAGCCGACUUAAAGUUGAACUUGCGUUGUAUGUUGCAGGGCGCUGCACAUGAAGGAGCACCCAGACUACAAGUACCGGCCGAGGAGGAAGCCCAAGAGCCUGACCCCGAAGAAGGAGACGAAGCUGUACCCCGAGGUGGGCCGCAGCCUGCUGCCUCCGCCGCCGCCUCUUCUGGACACCGAGGUCAAGCUCCCCCUCCUGCCACCCUUCCCCUACCCGCUCUAUCGCCUCGAAGACCUCGGCCAGAGCAAGAUGGCCGACCUCGCCUUUCACGCUCUGUACGGCAAGUCCUUGUACUCUGCGGCGGUGGCCGCGGCCUCCUGGCAGGGCCCCUGUGGCUGCCCCGAGAGGCCGCCGUCGCCGGAACACGUGAUAUGAAGGCCGCUCCCAGUCCUGCCCGAUGGGGUGGGACUGGGACACCGCAUCUGGCCCUGGUGGCAGCCCCCGAGGGCGCCCCCGCCACCGCCAGAGUAGUACAUCUCACAGCAGAUAUUUUUAGGUUUUAUUUUCUGUCUUAA